CUUUUUCUUUUUUUUCUUUCACUCGUCUCCACGCAGAAUCGGACGUCACUCUGCAAGAAUCGGCAAUUAAUUGGCCAACGCGGAAAUAAGAGCAACCGUGCAUAAACAGAUGUCUUUAUUCUCGGACAACUAAAAUUUUAGAGCGCUUGCUUUUCUGUUUUUUUCCCCCCCCUACAAGUAAAGCGUCAAACAUCCGGACGGCUCGCAUGCGGUAAGAGGUUAAUACACUGAGAGGGAAGCCGGAGGAGAUCCAGAGAAGAGAAAGGAAAAGCGGCAUCUGAGCCGGAUGGGCUAGAGGCGGAACCUGGAGCGACUCUACUACACAAAUCUGACCUCGACCUUAUAGGACGCUGCUGGAAAGUGGUCGUUGGGGGAAGAAAUGGCGAAAUUCCCCGCCGUUACCCAUGCUGUUUCUCCAGCGCACAUGUUGCCCAGGCUGCUGGCGCUGCUGAUCAUGAGGAUGUUUGCGUAGGAGUGUUAUUUUUCUACAGAUCAGUCUGCACUGUUUCAACAACUCCGACCGCGCGGUGGACGGACCUGUACGCCGCUCGGCACAUCUGUCAGAUAGAACGUCGUUAUUACCGGGAAACGAUUCGUUUUCUUUACGUAUGGAGUCUUUUUUUUUCUCCUUCUCUUCUUGCCUGAUCUUAAAAAUCUCCUGCUGACUGGAAUUGAGCAAUUGAAAAGAAAAAUGUUUUGCAUUUCAAGAGCGUGCGAGGGAAACUGAUCUACUGGAAAAGAUUAAGGAAAUAAGUCUGGACCUUUGUAUCUUAUGUCUGGAUUAGAUUUUUAUUUUGUAUUUUUUCAUUUUAAUCAAGAACAGUCAAAGAGGAUUGGGCCCAUUUGGGGGUUAUGUUUGUUUCCAAUUUAGAGAUUUAACUCUUCCAUAAGCAACGGCAAAGAUUUUUUCCUUUUUAUUCUCUUCUCCAUUCUUCCAGAUUGAUUUUUUUCCACCAUUGUUCUGAAUAUUAAGUGACUGAAGUCAACUAGGAGUGAAAACUGCCCUGGAUGAGACCCAAAGAAUUCAUCUUAUCUCUGAAGGGUGUUGAUGGAGAGCCAUUCGAAUGACAGCCGGGACAGUGGUCAUCACUGGUGGAAUUCUUGCUACGGUCAUAUUACUCCUUAUCAUCGCAGUAUUGUGCUACUGUAGGUUACAGUAUUAUUGCUGUAAGAAGGAGGAGUCAGAGUCGGAGGAGGAGGAGCCGGACUUUGCUGUCACGUCCCGCAUCCCGCCGGUUCACUCGAACCACAACAUUGUGGCGGCGACGGCUGCCGCCUCCUCCAUCCCCAAUGGCCCGGCCAUUUUCUCCACCCCGCCCCUGGCGAGAAAACUGACCCGCUCGCAGACCUUCUGCCCGUCGUGCACGCACUAUGACCUGCCUUUCUACCUUCAGCCUCCUCAGCCGCAGCAGGUCCACCACCAGCCGGAGGGACUGAGGAAUGGUGGAGACCGCAUCAGCUACCGCAGCGUCCAGCAGCAGGAUCUGGACCUGCCGGUGCCUGUUAACAUUUCAAACUAUCGUAAGCCAAACCUGGCCCGCUCAGUCACCAUGAGGGAAAUGUUCACACGCAGCUGUAGCAUCAGCACUGACGUCUAGCUGAGCGAAGGGGCAAAGGUUUCCGCCUUCUGUGAGUCGGUACGGCCACAGCUGGACAGGACUUGAGUCAGACUCUGGUUGAGUUUCGUGUUACCUGUCUCCGCCUGCAAACUGGACCAAUCAGAUGGCUCUCAGGACAGUUUUUCUUUCUCAAGCUUACAACGUUCAGGUCCGUGAGCUUGUUCCUGGGCCCGUACUAAGUGUUUAGAAGUUUUUCAAAAAUUGUCGACAUCAAUGAGAUAAGCUCUGUUUUAUUUUGAGUGGUAAAGUUUGUGUCGUCCUGCUUCCUGAUCUGAAACACUGGCAGAUUACCGCGACGCCAAAACGACGAUGUGAUCAGGAGUGGAUUUUCUCUUUUACACAGCUGCUACAAAAUGAAAUAUGACAGGGAGAAGUCUGAUGUUGUCCUAUACUGAGAAGGGAUGAUCUGUUUGUUCCUGCAGCAACAGAUUAUAGAGAUUAUCAAAUACUGUCCACGAAGAUUGGAGAGGAGGAUGAGGGUGUUUUCACGUUUUUUGGCUGCCACCCACAGAUGUCUUUUGAUAGUUUUAACUUUGGACAUCAUAUUUUAAGAUAUUAAGGGCUCACGGAAGAUUUUAAAUCCCUCUCAUUUUUUUUUUUUUUUUUUUAAAUCCUUUCACGUCUCAAGUUUAAUAGUCACUCUGAGAGUCUGCAGACAGCACAUGGUGUUUAUCCUCUAAGAGGGCACAAGGAAAACCUCCAUGUUCUUACAGGCAGAAGUGGGUUUGUGUUCCUGCGUUAUGUUUAAGUGUAUGUGAGUGCACGGGCAUGCAUUGUGUGUUUGUGUUCGGUCGUUAUGCCAGAGUCUUCAGUUCAUUAUAAUCAAACACAACCCGUCACCCAAAUGCUUAAUGAUCUAGGAGUAGAGGCGUGUUGCAAUAAUAUUUCAUUGUGAAAGGGGAAGGGAGCGCCGUGUGCCACAGACAGACGCAUCCAAGCAGAUUAAAUGGCAAACUCUAAUAAUUUCUUUAUUCUAAGACAGACUAAAGUUUUACGAGGGGUUUUUUAAAUUUCGGUGUGAUCUCUGCUCUUUACUGAAGUUUGGGCUUGUGGACUUUUCAGUGUACAUCUAGUGCUUUAUGUGACCACUGAUAUCCAGAUGCUUUGGCUAAAGAUUCACCCUUAAAGGCACACGUAUCAAGAUUUAAUAGGCCACACUCCAGUCUCUCUCUCUCUCUCUCUCUUUCUCUGCCCCCCCCCCCCCCCCCCCCCCCCCCUUCUGAAGUUGCUGGACUGAAGAAAAUGCGCUCUUGCUCUGAGGUACUCUGAAAGUUCCUGCUCUGGAUUGUUUUUAUUUUCUCCACCAGGCUGACCGGACUGGCUGAAGGGCUGAUAUUCCAACUGGAAGAGCAUUUUUUAUGGUCCAAGGACAUAAAGCUGAAAUUAUUUGCUGCUUGAUUUCAAAAGAGUCAGCUGAGUGAGGGAUUUGAAGCUGAUUGGAGUGUGCUCUCUGGAUCCCCAACCCUCUUUUUCUCUAUGAAAUGGAUUUUAGAUAGAUUUGUACCAUUCGCUCUCUUUCUUUGUCUCACUCUAGAAUUGAUCAAAAAUCAUGGUCAUUUAUUUACCUGAAAGUGAAACGGUGCAUAAUUUAGUGUUGUCCUCUUAUAAACCCGAGCAUACACAGUGCCUUGCAACAGUAUGAAUACCUCUUUGAGUUUUAACACCGCAACCAAAAAGGUCAGGCUAAUUUGAUGGGAUUUCAUGUUAUAGACAAAUAUAAAAGUACUGCAUAAUUAUGGAGUUUACAAAAUAUUUAAGGUGUUUUACAAAUAAAAAUCAGAAAACAUUUGCAAUUAAUUUGAGCUCAUCCCCCUUUACGUUGAUAUCCCUGAAUAAAAUCAAGCGCAAUCAAAGGCCUUCAGAAGACCAUCUGCAGUCUAUUUAAUCUCAGUAUAAAGGUCAGCUUUUCUUUCAGAGGUUUCUUAGAAAGUAUUAGUGUAAAAGUUGCAUCAUGAAGACCAAUGAACACACCAGCCUGGUCAGCGAUUAAGUGGGUGGAAGCGUUUAAAACAAAGCGAGGUUAUAAAACAAUAUCCCUAAUUUAAAACAUCUCAGAAAGCACCGUUUAGCCUGUCAUCUGAAAAUAGAAAAAGCAUGGCACAACUUCCAACUGAAUGUCCUCUUAACAGGAGCAAUAAUAAGAGAAGGAGCCAAGACCGGCCAUAGUGGCUCUGGAGGAGUUGCAUAGACCCAUAAACCCCGGAUAGUAAAAGCUGUCUACAGGACAAUUAACUAGUCAUGCAGUCCAAACAUCUGGCUGUUAUGGAAGAGUAAUGAGAAGAAAAUAAUGUUUUAAAAGUGAAGUUUGAUAUGUUUAACUUGAGGUUUUCCACAAUCCCCCCCCCCCAAAAAAAAAUAGCAAAAGUCUGCCAAAAACCUGAGACCUGGUGCUCACUUCCAAUAGGAUAAUAACCAAAAACAUGCAGACAGAGCUACAACAAAAUGGUUUAGAUCAAAGCAGAUUCCUGUUAAAAUGGACCAAUCAAAGUCCACAUCUAAUUUCCAUCUUUUGAUGUGCAAAGCUAGCAGAGACAUACCCCCAAAAUAUUUGCAGCUGUGAUUGAAGCAAAGGAAGUUUCCUGAAGAGAUGAACACAACUACAUGUCACACUCUUCUGAUUUUUUUUUAUUUAUUUAUAGGAAAUUGUGGAAUCUAUAGUAAUACAAGAAGUUGUGUUGCUUUCUCCUAUAAAACAACACAAACUGAAGUUUAUGGUCGUAGCAUAACAAACCUAAUAGAGUUCAAGAGGUAUGAAUACUUUUGCAAGGCACUUUACACAAACAGACACACACAAAUCUAACUUUUCAAGGGCAUAAUCACAGCCAUAACACGCUCCAGUGCUCAAUACUCUGAUCAUAUCCGCCACAGCUGACUGCCAAGCCGACACAUUUAUACUUAUCGAAACUUUAUUUUAAUCUUAAACCCUCUGACGUCCCUUUAAACUUCUGAAACUGAGGGACGGCCAAAUGAAACCCGACCCGGUCCGCAUCGAGACAGCCAUAAGCCAACCUGUGCACACAGAACACACACAGACACACAUAUAUGUGACAUAUAUGUUCAUAUUUUAUGAAGCUGAAUUUUUGGCAGUUGCAUAGCAAAUGUAGUGCCAUAAGGAAGUAUGAGAUAAAUAUAUUAUUAAGACGAUUAUUAUUAUGAUUAGAGGUGUUUAUUAAACUGAAUUGUUCUUUUAUGUUCAGGUAUUUUCAUUAGCUGCUUUAUUUAAUGAUCCAGCUGUUUUUCAGACUCAGUAUAGUACAGCAGACAUGUUUCUGUCCCUGUUUUAAUAUAUAAGUAACAGACACAUUGUUGCUAAUAAAAGUGAGUGAAAAUUUUA